AUGGGGGCAACUGAAAGCAAACUCGUCUUUCGUAAAGGCAAUAUUCCAGCCAACGACGAGUAUUGGUCGCAGUAUUGGCUUCUUCCUGAAUCAGCAGACGAUGUUUUCUCUCUUGUGGGCGCGCAGGAUAUUCGACGUGUGAGAGAUCAAGCUAGAGAAAAUUUACAGACAUUGAUAAAUAAGGUCAUUGACCGUUUACUUCGGAUCAUGAGAGCACCAGAUUUCCCAUCAACACAAAAUUCAACCCUACAACUUUUGAAUUGUAUAAGGAUCCUUACUCGGUUAAUACCAUUUAUAUUUGAAUCUGAAGAAAUGGGAGAUUGGGAGGAAAAAUUUUUUUGGACACCUCAACAUAAGAAAGUUAAGAAGAAUCAUAAGACUGAAACGAGCGAAAAUCUCCUACAAAUGCGAAAUGAAGCAACUAACGAGAGUCUGGCAAAAGAAUCAAGCCAGUUCAAAUUGGAGAGAUUUUAUAUUGUUCCGAUUCUGCAACGUAAAAAGCAUUCUAAUGCUUAUGAUAUUCAACAUCAAAUACAUUAUGAUGAUAUAGGUCACCUAGACUAUCUAGACUUUAUCGGUUCAAAUGAACAAUUCAAUGAGAAACGCAUCAUAGUAUCACAAACACAAAAUACAGAUUUCGAAACUAUUCCUCCUUUGGGUGAACGAUUGUUAUCGGUAAUAAUUGAUCUCCUCUUUUUGGCGGGAUUCACAUUACCAGCAACUUUGGCAAAAGAUAACGGUCGAAUUAUAUAUGUCAACUGGGAGACAGGUGUAGGUUCUACUAUGCCCAUUGGUUCAUCGAAAGAAAAUGAUUACAAUAAAACGGAAACUUUAAGAUUAUUGCUUGUAUUAAUCUCAAAGUCGAUGUAUAUGUCAGGAGCAACAUAUAUAGGAAAAGAAAACAAAUGGAUCAAAUAUUUAGUGCUUAAAAUCGAUCGCAAGGUCAUUCUUGCACUGCUUUGUAGUUUGCUUAAUACUGCUGUCAAAUAUGAUCCUACGGGAUGGGGUGUACCAUAUAAUCAUGUUGUUUUCGCGGACUCACGUGAAAUGCUCGUGACAAUGUGUCUACAAGUGUUAUUGGUUUUAUUGGAUUACCGCGCUCCUUCAAAUCGGACCAUAACAAAUGAUUCGAUCUCUAGAGAACAGCAACGAACGGGUUCCGUGGAAACAGUCAAGAGGGAAAAGGAAUCGAUAACUCAAUCACCUAAUAAUUUAACAUCUAAUGAAACUAAUGAAACUGCUAGAGUAGCCAACAAUACUCAAGAUAAUACACCAUCUGCAGAUGCUACUUCUAAAGUUACUUCGUCUACACCAAAUACACCGAAGGGUCAAAUACCUUCCCAUGUCGAUAAUGCAUUUCGAUAUUAUGCUUCGAAAUUGCAUCGAGCUCAAGAUUUUCAAUUUCUCAUGGAUGGCAUUUACCGUAUUUUGAGUAAUCCUAUGCAGGCAAAUAACACAUAUUUGCCAGGUUCAACAAAGCAAGUUCGAUGUCAUCAAGAAAUGAUGAUGCUUUGUUGGAAGUUUAUAGAAAUUAACAAGAGGUUUCGAAAUUACUUGUUGGAGACUGAUAAAGUAUUGGAUUUGCUUGUCGUCCUUUUAUAUUACUCGAUUGAAAAUAAACAAGAUUCAGCACAACUAGGAUUAGUGCGUAUGUGUGCAUUUAUUUUGCAGACAUUGUCAGGUGAUCGUGAUUUUGGCGUGAAAUUAAAUAAACCGUUUGAAAAUCACGGUUCUCUUCCUGCUAAUGUCCGUAUUCAAGCGUUUAAUGGAACUUAUGCGGAUUAUAUGAUUAGUUCAAUAUAUGUUCUUAUAGCAACUACGCGUGGGACGUUGCAUUCACUAUAUCCUGCAUAUGUGUUAACAAUUACUAACGUAUCCCCCUACUUGAAGAAUUUAUCCGUAGUUUCAUCUACAAAAUUAGUCCAUCUAUUUUCACAGUUUACUUCACCCGGGUUUCUGUUAGCUGAAGAAGGAAAUCAUCGAUUGGCCGAAUAUAUGUUGGAAGCAUUCAAUAACAUUAUUCAAUAUCAAUUUUCGGAUAACCCACACCUUAUUUAUGCUAUUUUACGGAGUCCUAAAUGUUUCGAGGAAUUGUCAGAAUUUACUCUUGCAAAAGGUUUGAUUGAAAUAAAAAAGAUUCAAGCCGCAAAAGAACAACGUAAAAAACAGGUACGGAUUGCAGCUAUGGAAAAAACAUCUGAACAAUCAGAAGUUAAGAAUUCACAAGAUGAACCAUCACGGCCGUCGGUGUCAGAUAAUGAAAGUAAUUUAAGUACUCAAAAAGAUGAAGAUCAUGGAGAUGUUAAUGAGAAACCUGAAUUGCAAGCAUCUUCAAAUAUCGAUACUAGCCAAGAUUGUCAAAUAGGUAUAUCUGAUCAAGAUUCAGUGCCAUUAUCUGAAAAAGCCCGUGGUAAAUUACCUGAAGGCGUUACAGCAGAAAGUCGUCGAAAGAGUAAUGAUAGUAUAAAAAGUAAUAAUAUAGUACCGACAUUUGCUGUUGGAAAAUCAGGAUUUGUUCCAACCGAAGAUUGGGUCUCUUCAUGGCAUUCACAUUUUCCUCUUGGAACAAUUCUAAUUUUGCUUGGAGAACUUGUUCCUAAAAUUGAAGAUAUAUGCGUAUCACGAUCCAUCAAUUCAGAUCAGCCUGUUCUAGAAUUUCUCCGAAAGGUAACAAUGGUUGGAAUUCUUCCACCACCACAACCUAUUCUUAUCCGUAAAUUCCAAUGGUCCGAAGCUAGUGUAGUUUGGUUUUCAAGUUUGUUAUGGGGACAAAUUUAUUUAGCUUCUUCAAAUUAUCUUGGUAUAUUUAAUGGCACACAAGUCAAACUGUUUUUUAUUAAGCCUCCUAUAAGAGAAGGGCGCCUGAAAAAUGCUCUUGGAAAUGCAGUUGGUGGAGUUCAAGGAGUUAUCGAUC